UAUCGCUGGGUAACCAGAGACUCCUUGUAUAUAGAGGGACUUCUGGAGCAGGUCCCCUAACAGGCCAUAGCUGAGGGUCACUGCCAAGAUCCCUGGGGGGUGUCUGAUUGGACUCUUGUUAAGGCCUUGCAGUUCCCAGCCACACUUGGAUGUGGCUGCCGUCCAGGGAAAUGUGCUUUUGAAUUUAAACUCUGGCUAAAGUAUCCUGGUACCAGCUGCUGGCUCCCUGGGCAGAGGCCCUGUCUUCCCCUUGGACCUGACUGGGCUCCACCCUGCCCCAGGAGGAAGCCCCAGCCCCAGUCCUCUCCCUCAGUCCCUGCAGGACAACUGGAUUCUUGGCUGCAGAGAAUCAAAGGAACGUGACUGUUUCGGGCAGAAGUGGGUUCCCACCAAGCCCUCCCCUAGGCGCCCAAGGUGGCCCCAAAACAGCUGCCCGCCUUCAGCCUGCCUGGCCAUGUACCAGGACUAUCAGUUCUUCCAGUGAGGUCCUAAGGGAUCAUUGAGCUGGUAAAGCAUCGCUGUGGGCUCCAGGCCUGCCCUGCUCUGAUCUUUGUGUGUGCCACCUGGCACUACCACCCCCAACCACACAAAAUACCCAAAGAAAGCAAAUCCUACAGGUGCCCAGCAGGCUGUGCAGAGGGCAGUGUGCAAGCAUGGCUCCCCCAAGUCAUGCAUGAGCUGUGAUCACACACCUGUAUCAAGCAUGCCUGGAGCCAUGUGUCCUCCUGUGCUCUGGACAGCAUGGUCAGAAUCCCUGAUGUGGGGGUGGGGUGGGUCCUUGAGGGGCACCUGCUGGUGCUGAGCACCCACAUGCUCAUGCCUGAGAAGCUGCUCCCUGGAGGAUGGAGUGAAGGGAUCUGGGGGGACACCUAGGUGCCAGGCUCCACGCUGGGCAUUCAUACCCUCUGGCUCCCUGAAACUACCCAGACUCCAGUCAGGGAGGUAUGCCAGCCCAUCUUUUAGCCCUAGAGAAACAUGUCCUGGGUGACAGCUUGGGGACUUGGCACACAGGCCAGCAGGUCUGCCCCUGAGAUGGGGCCCUCUUCCACCUUCCACGUGCGCACAGGCUGAGGAGCGGGAGGCACCUGUCAGAAGUGUGGCCUCCUCUGUCCGCACCCAAUGGGGCGCAGCAGGGCCCUAUGGCGGGGGGGGGGGGUGCCCGCUCCGCGCGGGAAGCCGCUGCACUUGCUAGUAAGAAAGCCUUUCCCUUCUCUGCGCCUGUGGCCCCUGCCGGCCAGCAUCGGGGAGGAGAGGAGGAGGCGGGGCCCCGCUCCUUCCUGGGGCAACCCCUCCCCCCUCACCCCCCGCGGCCUGGGAAAAGGCAGCAUAUUGAGGCGCGGGGCUCGCAGCAUCAGGCCCCGGGAUGCUAAUGAGGGCGGGCGCGUUCCCACAGCCCGGACAUUGUGCGGCAGGGCCCACCUGCUCCUCGGGGAGCGCCCAUUGUGCCCGCGCCAAUUCACAGGCAAUUUAGCGUGCGCUAAUGGGCCGGCGCCUUUGUGCGGCCCGCGCCGCCAUUGGCCGCCGAGUGUGGGAACGGCCGCGGCGCCCGGGCCCCAGGCCCAGCCCGCCACCGCGCCUAUAUAGGGGCCGGGGUCCGCGCCAGCCCGGGACGCCGCGCCGCUCCCGCCCCGCGAGCCGCCCUCUCCGCGCCAGGCAUGGCCCCCAGCACCGUGGCCGUGGAGCUGCUCAGCCCCAAAGAGAAGAACCGACUGCGGAAGCCCGCGGUGGAGAAGAUGCGCCGCGACCGCAUCAACAGCAGCAUCGAGCAGCUGAAGCUGCUGCUGGAGCAAGAGUUCGCGCGGCGCCAGCCCGGCUCCAAGCUGGAGAAGGCCGACGUCUUGGAGAUGGCCGUCAGCUACCUGAAGCACAGCAAAGCGUUCGCCGCCGCCGCCGGCCCCAAGAGCCUGCACCAGGACUACAGCGAGGGCUACUCGUGGUGCCUGCAGGAGGCCGUGCAGUUCCUGACGCUGCACGCGGCCAGCGACACGCAGAUGAAGCUGCUCUACCACUUCCAGCGGCCCCCGCCCGCCGCGCCCGCCGCGGAGCCCAAGGCGCCGGGCACAGCGGCCCCGCCCACACUCACCCCGGCCAAGGCGGCUGCCGCAGCGCGCCAGCCAGCCUGCGGUCUCUGGCGGCCCUGGUGACCCGGCGGGACCUGCUGGCAGCUGCCCUGAGGACCCGAGGCCCGGCCCUUCCCUCCGGCCGUCCAUCAGUCCAGAAGGCUCUCUCUCCAGGCUGGCCGUUCAGCAGGAGGGUCAUUCUCAGAGAAUGUGUGUCACUUGGGACAAUCAGGGCCCAUCCUCUGCCAAGCGUCUGACCCCACGGGGUCGUUCUGUGUUUGCAUUUCAGCAAGUGGCUUCUGGGAAGUCCCCACCGCCCGGGGUUCUAUGAUAUUUGUAGGCAUCUGGGGCUCGGUCAGCCGGCGCCCCUCAGUGUAGAGGACUUUCUUCAGGGGCCCGCUGCUGCUGGGCCUGUGGGCCUGGCGGGUGGGCCGUGCCGUGGGCACAUUUGCCUUUUGUGAAGGCGGAGCUCAAGGUGUAUCCUCAUAGGAGAGUGUCAGCCCGAUGGGCACGGAAGGACGCGCAGAGUCGUGGUAAAAGGACCCUGCGUGCGCUUCAUUGUCUGGUCAGGGCUCCUGGUGGGCUGUGUAGGGAGGGUGGGUCUCCACCGUGAUCCUUAAAGGAUUCCUGUGGGGGGGGGGGUGCGUGGGCAUGACUUAGUAUUCAGAAUUUGAACUCACGUGACUGCUCUGCGGACUUGUAAUAAAAUCUGACUCUUCAGUCCUCCACUGUGUGUCUCUUGGGCCUCACACGUGUCCUUGGCGGCCACCAAGCAGACGGGGCUGCUGGACGGGAUGGGAGCUGCACGAGCAGGGUGCAUAACCAUGGCUCGCAGGGUGGGAGGUAUCCU